AUGGAAUUGAUGCUCCCAGGUGCUGACAUGGGGCCCCAGAAGGACUCCUUCCCCCUGAGCAGAAGGCAUCACUACCUCCACGUCCGGAGAAAACUGAGGCCCAUAAGGAUUCUAGCUUUCGUCCUCAGCAUUGUGACUCUCAGCACAGUCUUCUCAUUGGGUGCCUUCCAGUGGACUACUUCUUCUACUGGGCUUGAUGGAAAUGGAGGUGAUCUACUUUCCUCCUCCCCCGCUGCUAUGUCCGGGGGAGACCUACUGCAGUUGGCCCCCCGCAGAACUCUGCUCACCAUCAAGCACCAGGGAGGCCACAACGUCUCUAUGAUGGAGGACAUGCCCGUGGCCAUGAAGUCUUCCAUGGAUGAGAUGGGGGACUACCCCACGGAUCUCUUCAACCUGGAGCAGAGAAGGCAGGGGGCUGUGGGUCUGCACAUGUUUGGGAUGUUGUACAUGUUCAUCGCCUUAGCCAUUGUGUGCGACGAGUUCUUUGUCCCGGCCCUAACUGUGAUCACAGAGAAACUUCAGAUCUCGGAUGACGUUGCCGGGGCAACCUUCAUGGCGGCCGGGGGUUCCGCCCCAGAACUUUUCACCUCCGUCAUCGGGGUGUUCAUCUCCCACAGCAACGUGGGCAUAGGAACCAUUGUGGGUUCGGCCGUGUUCAACAUCCUGUUUGUCAUCGGGAUGUGCGCGUUGUUCUCCAAGGAGGUUCUCCAGCUGACCUGGUGGCCCCUCUUUAGAGACGUCUCCUUCUACAUCAUUGGUCUGUUGAUGCUCAUCCUGUUCUUUUUGGAUAACCAGAUCUUUCUGUGGGAAAGUAUCGCCUUGCUGAUGUGCUACGUUUGUUAUGUGACAUUUAUGAAGUUCAACGCACAUGUAGAGACCUUCAUAAAGAGUAAAUUGGGCCAGAAUCAAGUGGAAGAGGUGGAGGCCGCUCCUAAGGCAACCACGGGUGACGACGAAAACAAGUUGACGGCCAAACCCCGUCUCCAGAGAGGAGGCUCAUCGGCCUCCCUCCACAACACCCUGAUGAGGAAUAGCAUCUUCCAGCUCAUGAUCCAUACACUGGACCCCCUCAGUGAGGGGCGAUUCAAAGAGAAGGCCUCCAUUCUCCACAAGAUGGCCAAACAGAAAUGUCAAGAUGGCGGGGAGGGGGAAAAACCCAACGGUGUCGCAGACAAAAACAUCCCCAACAGUUCCAACGUAACAGUGGAAGUCACUUCGCCUGCAAACGGCGACGUAGGACCGGUAGGCUUUGCUGAGGAGGAGGAAGAUGAGGAUGCUCCUCUGAGUUUGGAGUGGCCGGCGACGAACCGCAAACGAAUAACGUAUCUCCUUAUCCUCCCCAUUGUCUUCCCCCUGUGGCUCUCUCUGCCCGAUGUCAGGAGAAAGACUUCCACAAAAUUCUUCCCCAUAACUUUCGUUGGUUCCAUCUGUUGGAUUGCUGCCUUCUCCUACCUCAUGGUGUGGUGGGCUCAUCAGGUUGGAGAGACCUUCUGGAUUACAGAGGAGAUCAUGGGAUUGACCAUAUUAGCAGCUGGUACAUCAAUCCCUGAUCUAAUCACCAGUGUCAUUGUAGCCCGGAAAGGCCUUGGUGACAUGGCUGUGUCCAGCUCGGUGGGCUCCAACAUAUUUGACAUUACCGUGGGCCUGCCGUUCCCUUGGCUCAUCUACGGCCUAGUCAAUGACUUCAAGGCGGUGCAGGUGAGCAGCAACGGCCUCUUCUGCGCCAUCGUGCUCCUCUUCAUCAUGUUGCUCUUCGUCAUCAUCUCCAUCGCCUCCUGCAAGUGGAAGAUGAGCAAGGUUCUGGGAGGCCUCAUGUUUUUACUGUACAUCUUCUUCCUGGUAACCAGCGUCUUGCUGGAAGACAAGGUCAUCGUGUGUCCCAUCUCCAUCUGA